AUGCGGCUACAACAGCCCUCUGGGACCGGCACACCGGUCACCGAGACUACACAUACACCUGCGCAAGAAGCCCCCAAUACUGCCGAUAUGGAGACUGGAAAUGCGCCCAAACGGAUGGCCAUCAUCGGAAUGUCCUGCCGCCUUCCAGGCGAAGUCACCACAGCCGACGAGUUCUGGAAAAUGUGCUCGAGAGGACGAAGCACUUGGUCGAAAUUCCCGAAAGAUCGAUUCAACCCGGAUGCAUUUCAACACCCUCAUGCGGAUCGACCUGGGUCUUUCAACCCCGAGGGAGCCCAUUUCCUGACCGAAGAUGUUGGUCUGUUCGACGCACCUUUCUUCAACAUCACACUUCAAGAAGCGCGGUCGAUGGACCCCCAACAGCGCAUCAUGCUUGAAUGUGUAUACGAAGCCCUCGAGAACGCCGGUAUACCGAACCAUGAGAUUAGUGGACAGAAGGUAGGAGUGUUUGCAGGAGCCUCAUUUCCCGACUACGAAAUCAACAACCUGAGAGAUCUCGACUCUGUUCCGAUGUAUGCCUCCACCGGAACGGCGGUGUCUUUGCAAGCGAACCGGGUAUCCCAUUAUUUCGACUUGACUGGACCUAGUAUUUCGGUCGACACAGCCUGCUCAUCCAGUCUGUCUGCGUUGCAUUUGGCAACUAAUAGUCUUCGGAACGGGGAAUGUUCAAUGGCAAUUGUUGGAGGAUGCCACUUGAACUUGAUCGCAGAUGCGUUUAUCGCGAUGACACGCAACAGACUCCUCGCAGGCAGCGGCCGCUCAUACGCCUUUGACUCUCGAGCUACUGGAUUUGGCCGGGGUGAAGGUGCCGGAUGUAUUAUAUUGAAGUCACUGGAAGACGCUGAAGCUGCCGGCGAUACCAUCAGGUCAAUUGUCGUGAACACUGGUAUCAAUCAAGAUGGACACACCCGGGGAAUUGCGAUGCCUAAUGGGGAAGCCCAGGAGGCUUUGAUUCGUCAGGUGUAUAAAGAAGCGCGCAUCGAUCCGUCAUUGGUAGGAUACAUCGAGGCACACGGCACCGGUACUAAAGUUGGAGACCCUCUUGAAGCCACUGCUCUAAAUGCAGUGUUCGGAAAAGGACGUACGCCCAGACAACCAUUGUUUAUUGGAUCUGUCAAAUCCAACAUUGGCCAUCUCGAAGGGUCCAGUGGUGUUGUGGCUGUGAUUAAAACUGUGCUGGCCCUCGAGCGAGGGUUCGUGCCUCCCAACUGCAACUUCGACAAAGUUAAUGAGGAGAUCCCGAUGGACAAAUGGAACAUGAAGGUCCCCAAGAAGGUAGUGCCUUGGCCUCGAGGGAAGCCUUACGCAAGUGUCAACAACUUUGGAUUUGGUGGCACAAAUGCUCAUGUGAUUCUCGAGCGGGUUGAUCGACAUGAGGGCGAAGGUCUUGAGCACGAUGACCCCCUCAAGCGAAAGCUGUUUGUUGCCUCCGCAAAUGACAAGCAUGCUGCCCUCCAAAUGGGAAAGGAUCUGGGAUCGUAUGUAGAUCAACAUCCUACAGUCUUCGACGAUAGACUGUUGGACAAGAUUGCAUACACCCUCGGCCAGCGACGAAGCUUCUUCCCGUGGCGCAUCGCAGCUUCUGCAGAGCUAUCGCAAGAUCUGACCGCACUGCUGUCAACAAAUGCCGAGCCUGUACGUUGCUCGAAAGAGCCAACAGUCGGCUUUGUCUUUACCGGGCAAGGUGCCCAAUGGCAUGGAAUGGGCCGAGAGCUUCUGGGAACCUACCCAAUUUUCAAGGAGACAAUGAAAAAUGUCGAUGCUUGUUUGAAGUCCCUUGGCGCCUCCUUUUCUAUAACUGAUGAGUUGCUGCUAGAAGACGCCUCCAAAAGCUGUAUCUCUGCAGCGUACAUGAGUCAGCCCGCAUGUACGGCAGUGCAGCUCGCAUUGGUUGAUUUGCUAUCUUCAUGGGGAAUACGUCCCAAAGCGGUAGUGGGCCAUUCCAGCGGAGAAAUCGCGGCAGCAUACUCUGCUGGUAUCCUCACACUUGAGGAGUGUGUUCGUGUUGCGUACUCUCGUGGUGUCGCUGCAGACCUUGUCGCGAAGGACAAAUCGAUUAAGGGAGGCAUGUUGGCUGUUGGAGCUUGUGCGUCCGACAUCCAGCAAAUUUUGAAUGCCAUGCGCGGUAACCGUGCAGUCAUCGCCUGCGUCAACAGUGAAUCUAGUGUGACACUGUCUGGCGACGCCGAAGUUAUCACGACUCUGCAGACUGCAUUAGACAAAGAGGGUGUCUUCACGAGACGCUUGCAGGUUGACGUUGCCUAUCAUUCUCACCAUAUGCAGACAGUCUCGAAGCAGUAUCAAUCAUUGCUGGGCAAGAUCGUGCCUCGAGACUCCAAGAUCCCAUUCCAUUCCACAGUGCAUGGCAAAUUGAUUCCCGGAAGCACUCUUGAUGCCUCUUACUGGGUGGAUAACCUGGUCUCGCGUGUAGAAUUCGUCGAGGGCGUGAAGAGCCUCCUGACCAAUGAUAAAACUGACAGCUCAAUCGACACCUUGAUCGAGCUCGGUCCUCAUCCAGCCCUCCAAGGACCCGUCAAACAAAUCGCCGAGGUGUAUGCUCCGAAACUGACUUUGCAAUAUCACCACACCUUGAAGCGCAAGGUUGACGGGAUUGAAGCCGUCCAGAACAUGGCUGGCUCCUUGUUCACACAGGGAAUGUCUCUCAAUUUCCAAGCAAUCAACUUCCCCAACCAGCAAACCAUCCAAAGGAAGCCCGUUGUGUUGAGCAAUCUCCCGACUUAUCCUUGGAACCACACAGAGCGAUACUGGCACACUUCACGCAUUACAGAUAAUACAUACCGUCGGCAAUUCCCUAAGAAUGAUAUUUUGGGAACACUCACGACGGAGGGAGUCGACUUCGAACCCCGGUGGAGGAACAUCAUCCGAGCUGAUGACCACCCCUGGAUUCGUGAACACAGAGUACACGGCACGAACGUGUAUCCCAUGACAGGGUUCCUCACGAUGGCCAUGGAGGCCAUCUCUCAGCAUGCUCAAAUCCAUCACAUCACCGCUGGGAAGAUCGACAUUCGGGACAUCUUCAUCAGUCGCGUUCUCACCAUCCCGGAUGCAGCAUCGGUGGAGACAAUGUUUUGUCUCAAGCCAUGUCGCGCAGAGGCACCCAGCAAAUCUGUUCUCGGCUGGCACGAGUUCAAGGUCUUCUCAUGGGCAGAAGGCCGAGGCUGGGAUCAACACUGCAACGGUUUCGUUAUGGUUCAUGAAGCUAAGGAGAUCAACCCAGUGGACGGUACUCGACAACAACUUGAGAACACGGCUCGAUUCACUCAGCAGGCCUUGGACAUGCGUCAUGCGUGCACUAUCCCCGUUGACAGCGAGUUCUUCUAUGACAACAUUACCAAUGGCGGUGUUCAGUACGGUCCCAUUUUCCAGGGACUGACGGACGUCUGUGUCAGUACAACUGAGCAGGCCAUGGCAAAAAUAUGUGUGCCUGAUACGAAGGCCACUAUGCCCUAUCAGCAUGAGUCGGCCUGCAUAGUCCACCCUGUAACUCUGGACUUGUGCAGUCAGGUAAUGUGGGUACUCCGUGGCUACGGGAAGCCAGGGCCACAGGUGACCCAUGUGCCAUCACACCUGAAAAGAGUUUCGAUCUCAUUGGACCAAGAUUUCAGCGCCGGCACUGUGCUUCAAUUGUAUGGCGAGCGAACCGGGGAUGAAUCGGCGAGCAACCCGCAGAGCAAUCGGAUUUUUGCGACUGAUCCCAACAACUCCACGAAAAUGCUCAUUGAUAUCAGAGGUCUUACUCUGGUCCCUAUUUCCAAUGACAUCAAGGGGUCAAAGGAUAGUUCAGCUGAUCAGAUUUGUUACAAGCUGGAUUACGAACCCUGCUUUGAUUUCCUCUCCGCUGAGGAUUACCGUCAUCUUCCGCGCCCUCACACCGAUCACGACGAGGGCGUUCAGCGAAUGGGCGAGCUGGAGUUGGUGGCAGAGCACUACCUUCGCCAAAUGCUGAAGUCUGUCCCAGAAUCUGAACUACCGAGCUUCCAGCCCCAUCACCAGCAAUUCUAUCGUUGGGCGCAGAGCACGAUACAAAAUAUCGGACCAGCAGAUGCGUUAACUCUCGACGUCAUUGAGCGCAACCGUACUGCCAAUGGCGCUGGUGCCCUUGCUUUCAAGGUGGGAGAGCAAAUGCCACAAAUUUUGAGAGGUGAAGCCGAUGCCCUGACUGUCUUAUUGGAGGACGACGGAAUUGGCGCCCAUUACCGGGACUUGGACGCCCUUCACGAAGCUUACGCCAAUGCAACUGUCUGUGUCGACAAGAUGGGUCACCAAAAUCCAGAGCUCAACAUCAUUGAGAUUGGCGCUGGAACAGGUGGUGCGACCACGCCUAUCCUCAAUAGUCUGGGCGGAGGAGAGCCGGGAUCCACGCCCCGGUUCGGCCACUACACCUACACGGACAUUUCGCCCGGCUUCUUCGAGAAGGCGAAGUCAAAGUUCGAGAGCUGGGAGCACCUAAUGACAUAUCGAACCCUGGAUAUUUCUGCUGACCCCGAGGGUCAAGGUUUCCACAAUGGUGUGUAUGAUGUUGUUGUUGCCUGUAAUGUUCUCCAUGCAACAUCGGACAUUGGUCAGACAAUGACAAACAUCCGCGCCUUGCUGAAACCUGGUGGUAAGGUUCUGCUUAUCGAAGAGACCCAAUCCAAAGCUCGUCACUUCCCAUUCGCGCUCCUCCCUGGCUGGUGGUUGGCGAGCGACAAGUACCGCAAAGAAGGCCCACUCCUCACAGUCGACGGAUGGAACAGUGUCUUGAGAGAGACUGGUUUCUCAGGGCUUGAUCUUUGUCUUGAGGAGUACCCUGGUGCGUCUUUCCAGGCUGGCUGCUUGAUGACAUCAACCGCGAACGCCCCCACGACAGGCCCUGCAAACCCCGGCGACAUUGUUGUUCUUGGUACAGACUCUAUCAGCAGUCUUUCCGCUUUGAGCUUGGAAUUCGGCUUGCAAGAUCUGACUGGCGUGCCACCCACCACUGCUGGUCCCGAUUUUGAUGCAGUGGACGUGACUGGAAAAUGGUGCAUCUUCCUCGGUGGAAUGGAUCGAUCAAUUUUGUCGCACCUCACCGCAGAAAAGUUCCAGGCACUUCAGCGACUUCUCAGCCGAGCCCGGGGCUUGUUGUGGGUUGUGCGCCACAGCAAGUCCGACUUGGAGUCUUUGGGAGCAAACAUGGCAAUUGGUCUGGCGCGCACAGUGCGAUCAGAGACUGGACUUCCAUUCGCUACCCUAGACUUGGGUGAGCGGGAGACCAUGUCUGAUACAGAAGCUGUCGGACACAUGCUCAAGGUUUUCAAUGGCGUGUUCUGUCAGAAGUCUCAGCUGGCUCAGAACGACUGGGAGUUUGCGAUUCGCAACGGCAACAUUUGUGUACCCCGUCUGGUCGAUAACAAUGCCCUAAAUGCCAGUGUCCAGCAAGAGACACCCGACGCCCCAUCCCAGUUGCAGCCCUUCAAGCAAGACCGUGCGUUGCGUCUUGCCGCCGGAGAGAGCAGAGGCCUUGAUGAAAUGUACUUCACCGAUGAUACCUCCCACAACGAGCCUCUGCCAGAUGAUCACAUUGAAAUCCAAGUCGUCAGCACGGGUCUCAACUUCAGGGACGUGCUAAUGGCCAUGGGCCAGCUCCAGGGUGAUCGUCUCGGACAGGAAUGCAGUGGUAUUGUGACCAAGGUUGGAGCUGCAGUCAGAUACUUCCGGACAGGCGACCGUGUUUGUGCAAUGUCUCCAGGAUCCCUGUCAUCGUUCACACGCUGCCCAGCAUCCAGCGCAUGGGUGAUUCCCGACCAAAUGCCCUUCGAGGUUGCAGCUUCGAUUCCCGCCGUUUUCUGCACCGCUUACUACUCACUUAUUGAUCUUGGACGUCUCACUCGGGAGGAGAGCGUUCUCAUCCACGCCGCUGCAGGUGGUGUUGGCCAAGCUGCCAUCAUCAUUGCACAGAGUAUCGGUGCCAAGAUAUUUGCUACCGUGGGCAGUGUCGAGAAAAAGAGCUUUUUGAUGGAAACUUAUGGGCUAGAAGAGGAACAGAUAUUCUUCAGCCGUGACAUCUCUUUUGCUGAAGGAAUUCUGGCUGCCACAAAUGGCGAGGGUGUCGAUGUCGCGCUCAACUCUCUCAGCGGUGACGCUUUGCAGGCUACAUUUGAAUGUGUCGCGCCAUUUGGGCGAUUCAUCGAGCUAGGCAAGAGAGAUAUCACCACCAAUUCCCGUCUGGAGAUGGCUCAUUUCAAUAAGAACCUCUCAUUUGCCUCUGUUGAUUUGGGAGUCGUCAGAGAAAAGCGUCCCCAGCUCACCAAACGCUUAUUGCGAGAUGUGUUCAAGUUGUUCGUCAACACCAACGCCCAGUCAAGGUGGCCUGUCACCACGCUUCCUAUCUCGGAAGUAGAGACCGGGUUCCGAGCUUUGCAAGGUGGACAGGUUAUCGGCAAAAUGGUUGUGAAGAUCACAGACGACUCCAUGGUCAAGGUUCAUCCUGCCAGAAGAGACGAGAACCUCCUGCAGGCGGAUGCUUCAUAUGUCAUCGUUGGAGGCACUGGAGGUAUCGGUCUCGAUAUCGCCAGUUGGUUGCCAGAAAAGGGCGCCAAGAACCUUGUGCUAGUCUCAAGGAGCGGCGCUUCGACUGAGAACGCCAAGAAGACCAUCGAAGAUAUCAAGCUCAAGGGUGUCAACGUGGAGGUUUGUCGCUGCGAUGUCGCAGAUGAGAAGAGUGUCGAGCAGAACUUGGUCCCACUUCUGUCUCGUCUACCUCCCGCCCGUGGUGUUGUAUACGGCGCAAUGGUUCUCAGGGAUACCUUGUUCGAAAAGCUCAGCUUCGCGGACUACCAAACCGUGAUGAUGCCCCGAGUCCACGGAAUCUGGAACGUCCAACGAGCAUUGACGAGCACAAACGCCAGUAUCGACUUCUUCGUGAACCUCUCAUCCGCCGCCAGUUUCGUCGGCAACAUGGGUCAAUCCCCAUACGCAGCCAGCGGUACCUUCAUGUCAGCCCUCGCCCAAUACCCGGAAACCGCUCAGAUGCGCUUCUCGACAAUUGACUUGCCAGUCGUCCGUGGUAUUGGAUAUCUCUCCGACGACUCCAAACGCGCCGAAAUCACCAAGCAGCUAGGUACGGAAUCCGUCGACGCGACCGAUAUCCGCGGACUCGUGACCGCCGCGAUCCGCCAAGACUUCGACGCCGCCUGCCAGGGGCACUGCGUGGCUGGUUUCGAGGCCGUGAAGACGACACCUGUUUCCGAGCAGCCUUUCUGGGUUAAUGAUACCAAGUUGUCGCACCUGCUUCGUCUAUCCACCCUUGCUGGCGCGGGUGCGUUGACAGAAUCCGCGCAGACUGGUACCGAGAUCGCUCCGGCGGUUGCUAUUCGUCAAUCGAAGGGUCGCGAAGCUGCUGAGACAGUCAUCGGGGCUGCGGUUCUGAGUAAGAUUUCAAGCAUUUUGAUGCGUCCCCUUGAAGAGUUGGACCCGGCUUCACCGAUCUCGGUUUACGGUCUUGAUUCGUUGGUUGCCAUUGAGAUCCGUAACUGGAUUACCCGUGAGCUGGAGGCAAAUCUCCAGAUCCUGGAGAUCCUCACUAGUCCUUCCAUCGCUGCUCUUUCCGAGAUGAUCUUUGUGAAGUCAGGCAUCCUUACCCCAGACCUGAAGGCAGAGUGGGGUGUUGAUCAAACAAUCCAGAAAUGA